AUGUCCUCCAACCACUCUUCAAGCCCACCGCCUGCAUCCCAACCUCACCUUCACCCUCACCUUCACCCUCAGUUCCAAUCUCAAUUUGACUAUCCAACCCGCCCUCGACGCCGAUCCUCCAUUACCAUCGACACCGUCUCCACCGAGCCCUUCCCCGAUUUCUCUCGAUCUGCCGCUGCCGCCUUAGCUGAGGGUGAACGAGAGGGCGCAUCCACGAGCACGUUUAUACCGGCCUCGCCAUAUGCUCCCACGGGCGCCAUUUCUGCAUCAGUGGCUUCCUCGCGGGUCGGUGGACGGCCCGACGACAGUACAGACAUCGAGAUGGAGCCGAUUGUAGGACACAGGAGACGGAAGAGCGCCGCCAUGAACUCCCCUGGCCUGCCUCAGGCCGCCCCAGGGAGGCCAAUGGCUGCCGGCGGUGGCAGACAACAACACCUUUCAGCCAACCCGCCUGACCACCCGGACGGUUUUGAGGAAAACGGAGGGAGCAGCAGCACAUCAGUCGGUUCCGGGAAUGACGACGAGGCGAGAGGCAGACCUAGCUUCAGCGACGACGAUUUGCACAGCGAUGAGGAGACGGGGCUCAGCAACAAAGAGCGCGCCCGGAGGCAGAAGAAGCGCCAAAGGAUCACUCAGCUGGGGCAGCGCAUUGUGCGCGACAAGAGCAUAUCGGCAGAGGAGCGCCAGGAGGCGGAUAAGGACGUUGUCAGGAGACUAUUCGUUAACAUGGUCUUGAUUCUGCUAUGGUACUUUUUCUCGCUGUCAAUUUCACUGUACAACAAAUGGAUGUUCGAUAAAGACCGCCUCAACUUUUCUUUCCCUCUCUUUACCACGUCGUUGCAUAUGGUGGUACAAUUUUGUCUCUCAGCCCUAGUUCUCUAUUUUGUACCAUCGUUGCGACCACAGCGAUCCCACACAUCUGAUAUGGGAAGAUCUCGACAUGAGGUGGAGGCGAGCGGCGCCACCAUGUCAAAGAUGUUUUACCUGACGAGAGUUGGGCCCUGCGGUGCGGCCACUGGCCUGGAUAUUGGCUUGGGCAACACCUCGCUCAAGUUUAUUAGCUUGACUUUUUACACUAUGUGCAAAUCUUCAUCUCUUGCAUUUGUUCUUCUGUUCGCAUUCGCUUUCCGCCUCGAAAAGCCUACCUGGCGCCUCGUAGCCAUCAUUGCAACCAUGACAUUGGGUGUCAUCCUCAUGGUCUUUGGUGAAGUCGAGUUCAAGCUUGGCGGCUUUCUUCUCGUCAUUACGGCGGCCUUCUUCUCCGGCUUCCGUUGGGGUCUCACACAGAUGCUACUUCUCCGCAAUCCCGCCACUUCUAACCCAUUCUCUAGUAUUUUCUACCUCACGCCAGUCAUGUUCUUGACUCUCAUUCUCAUUGCAAUUCCUGUUGAAGGCUUUGGCCCCCUAUGGGAGGGACUGAAAGCUCUUAGCCAGGAAUGGGGAACCUUUAUGACGCCUCUGUUCCUCCUUUUCCCUGGUUGCAUCGCCUUUUUAAUGACAGCAUCCGAGUUCGCCCUGCUGCAGCGCACGUCCGUUGUCACGCUCUCCAUUGCCGGCAUUUUCAAAGAGGUCGUCACCAUCUCGGCCGCCUCUCUCAUCUUCAAGGACCAGCUCACCCUCAUCAACUUCAUUGGCUUGAUCACCACAAUGCUGGCAAUUGUUGCCUACAAUUACAUCAAGAUCACCAAGAUGCGCGAGGAGGCUCAGGUCCAAGUCCACGUCCGUGUUACUGACGUCGAUGCUGAUCUCCCGUCGUCGAGCGCGAGCGACUUCGAGAACGACAGCUCAGAGGAAACAGCAGGGCUCCUUCACCAAAAUACAGAAAGAGGCGAAGUGCUGUUCCAAGCCGGCAGCCUGCCGCCACCCACCCCACGAGUUACAAGAGAUGAGUCAAUGGACUAA